AUGAAACCAUCUCAGCAUAUUGACAAAGUAAUGCUUGCUGUAUCAAGUGAGGAAGUUCAGAAAAAUCGUCUGCGUCUUAAAACCACAAUUACAAGUGUGUGGUGGCUUGCACUUCAAGGUUGUUCUUUCAGGGGGCAUAACGAAUCAUCUAAGUCAUUGAAUCGAGGAAAUUUUCUUGAAUUGUUGGAUGCUUUUGGACGACUUAAUAAAGAAGUUGGAGAUGUAUUGAGUAGUGCUACAAGAAAUAAAACAUACACUUCUCCAAAAGUACAAAAAGAGGUUUUGAAUAUUAUGGCCAAUAGAGUUCGACAAAGAAUUCGAAGUGAAAUUGGGGAUGCAAGCUUUUGUAUUCUUGUUGAUGAAGCACAAGAUGAAUCUAAACAUGAGCAAAUGGCUCUUAUCUUGAGGUUCGUGAAUAGCAACGGGAUUCUAACAGAACGAUUUUUUGAAAUCAAAAGUGUUAGUGAUACUACCUCAUUGACACUCAAAAACACAGUUAGUAAUAUUCUUGUUCAUUACAACCUUCGAGCUCAGAACAUGAGAGGCCAAGGGUAUGAUGGGGCUAGUAAUAUGCGGGGUGCUUGGAAUGGACUACAGGCUUUAUUUCUCAAAGAUUGUCCAUAUGCAUAUUAUGUACAUUGUUUUGCGCACAGAUUACAAUUAACAUUGGUUCCAGCAGCUAAGGAUGUUCGAGAUAUUUUGGAUUUCUUCUCUCAUUUGGAUAAUGUUGUUAAUAUGAUGACGUCUUCUCCUAAGCAUCUUUGUGAGUUGCAAAUUACUCAAAGAAGAGAAAUAGAGCAUUUGCUAGAAAUUGGAGAACGUAAUCCAGGACGUGGGGCUAAUCAGAUUGGUAACUUGCAACGAGCAGGGGCAACUCGUUGGAGUUCUCAUUAUGACUCUGUAAAGAGUUUGAUAGAUAUGUAUGGUGCUACUUGUAAGGUGCUUGAGCAUCUAAGUGAGCAUAGUUCAAAUACAAGUUCUCAGGCUGAAGUUGGUGGAUUUUGGCCAUCACUGAAAGCUUACGAUCAGCAUUUGAAUAUGAUUUUUGGAGAUAUGGAAGAGAUCAUAACUACUGUGGAAAUUGACAAUGAGACUUAUAAAGAAAUAGUUCAGACCACCAAGCGAAUUGUGCCGUUUCUUUUUGUUCAAGGUGAUAGAGUUAUUUUAGUUUCUCCACCUUUGAGGAUAGCAUGGCAACCCGAAGAAGGAUGUUUUGAUGAUGCACCAAAUCUGUCACCAACUGCAUCAGUUACUUCAUUUAAGAUUGUCUCGUGUUGA